AUGUCGUCCCCGCAGAGCCCCGCGCAGCAGCCCGCGGCGCAGCAGAGCCUUCUGACCAAGAAGCUGGUCAUGGGGGGUAGCGUGCUGCUCUGGAUCGCUUUAAGCUUCUCCGUUAUCAUCUUCAACAAAUACAUUCUCGACAGACGACUGCUCAACUGGCCGUUUCCCAUCAGUCUGACGAUGGUGCACAUGGCGUUCUGUUCGUCGCUCGCCUUCCUGCUCGUCAACGUCUUCCGCGUCGUGCAGCCGCUGCCCGGCGGGCUCAAGCCCGACAUCUACUGCACCAGCGUGCUGCCCAUCGGCGCGCUGUACGCGCUGAGCCUGUGGUUCUCCAACUCGGCGUACAUGUACCUGUCCGUGUCCUUCAUUCAGAUGCUCAAGGCGCUCAUGCCCGUCGCCGUCUACCUGCUCGCCGUCGCCUUCCGCAAGGACGCCUUCCGCGCCGCCACCUUCGCCAACAUGCUUCUCAUCGCCAUUGGCGUCGCCGUGAGCGCGUGGAGCGAGGCCAACUUCAACGCCACGGGCGUGCUGCUGCAGCUCGCCGCCGUGGCGUUCGAGGCGACGCGCCUGGUGCUCAUCCAGAUGCUGCUGACGGCCAAGGGCAUCUCGCUCAACCCCAUCACGAGCCUCUACUACAUCUCGCCCGUCUGCCUGCUCUUCCUCUCCGUGCCCUGGUUCCUCGUCGAGUUCCCCACGCUCGUCCCCGCCAUGGCGGCCGGCGCGCACCCCAGCGCGCUCGUGUUCGGCGCCAACUGCGUGUGCGCGUUCGCGCUGAACCUGGCGGUGUUCCUGCUGAUCGGCAAGACGUCGGCGCUGACGAUGAACGUGGCGGGGAUCGUCAAGGACUGGCUGCUCAUCGCCUUCUCCUGGUCCGUCAUUGCCGACCAAAUCACCACCCUCAACCUCCUCGGCUACCUCCUCGCCUUCGCCGGCGUCUGCUGGUACAACCGCGUCAAGAUGCACGAGAUGAAUGCCAAGGAAGCAGCCGCCAAGCAGGCGCAACAAGCGGACGAGGAGACGGGCCUGCUUGAGGCGCCCAGAGCAACUCAAAAGCGGUCCCUUGUCGUUUGGUUUAUGGACAACUCUAUUUCCCUUUCAACCAUCGCCACCCCUUGUCCCUCUCACCAUCGCCACCCCUUGUCCCUCUCACCAUCGCCACCCCUUGUCCCUCUCACCAUCGCCACCCCUUGUCCCUCUCACCAUCGCCACCCCUUGUCCCUCUCACCAUCGCCACCCCUUGUCCCUCUCACCAUCGCCACCCCUUGUCCCUCUCACCAUCGCCACCCCUUGUCCCUCUCACCAUCGCCACCCCUUGUCCCUCUCACCAUCGCCACCCCUUGUCCCUCUCACCAUCGCCACCCCUUGUCCCUCUCACCAUCGCCACCCCUUGUCCCUCUCACCAUCGCCACCCCUUGUCCCUCUCACCAUCGCCACCCCUUGUCCCUCUCACCAUCGCCACCCCUUGUCCCUCUCACCAUCGCCACCCCUUGUCCCUCUCACCAUCGCCACCCCUUGUCCCUCUCACCAUCGCCACCCCUUGUCCCUCUCACCAUCGCCACCCCUUGUCCCUCUCACCAUCGCCACCCCUUGUCCCUCUCACCACCACCACUCUUUCUCAUUGCACACAUGCCCACGGGUGUCCUCGGGGGUGCUUCCAUCUCACUUCAAUCACACUUCCUUGUCCAUGCUGCUGUGUGCCAUGGCAGGUCCCUGGCGAACAACAAGCUCAUGGGGACUAUACCAGACUCUAUCUCCACCCUCACCAAGUUAUGCAAGCUGUGA